UAAUAAAAAAACGCAAAAAAGAAAAAAAAAAGGGGCAAACACUGCCGACAGCCUUCGGGGCAACAUGGCGCAUGAUUAACGUCACUUGUUAAGUGCACUGAUUAAAGUUACGGCUGGAAGCGCAGGUGUGGAGCCGUGGACCCAGCAGGUGCUGAUGGCACACAGAGACAACGGGGACUGUCGCUGGCAGCAGCAACGCAAAAUGAGGAGUCAUAGCAGAUGGUCAUGUGGAAUUGUGCCCCAGCUUAGCUGCUGGCUGCUAAUGCUGCUAAUUGCUGGCCAGACUGUUUAUGCCAACGUAGACGUGUCCACACAAUUCGAGCGCACGAAAUCGCUGACAAUUCAGCCCAGCAGCAUCAGCACCAUCGCCAUCGGCAACAGCACCACAUUCGCCACGCCCACAAGCCAACAAGAACGGGCGCUGACCGUAGCGGAUCGCUACAGGCGACAAGCGGAGGAGGAUCAAGUGGACCGCUGUCGUCUCUUCGUUGAAGGCGAUCCCACCAAGAACGAGCUCUACAGCCCGGAAUAUCCCAAUCUCUAUCCAAAGAACAUUAACUGCACGCGUGUGAUAACAGCGCCGAAGGGACAAAUUAUUCGGCUGGACUUUCGCAACUCGUUCAAUAUUGAGGCCAAGGAAGAGUGCAAAUUUGAUUUUCUCGAGAUACGCGAUGGACAGUAUGGCUUCUCGACGCUAAUUGGAAAAUACUGCGGCACCGAUUUCCCGCCAGAGAUAACGUCGAAGGAGCGAUAUCUGUGGCUGCACUUCCACUCGGAUGACACAAUCGAAUAUACGGGCUUCAGUGCUGUCUUUGAGUAUUUGGAUAGAAAUCGUGAGGCGCCCAGCACAGAUCUCAAUUGCACCAUCGAGAAGGAUGGCUACGAGGGCUUCAUUAACUCAACAGAUGUUCCAGCUGAAAUAAGGGAGCAGGUGAUACGCGAUAAGAUUGCUCUCGACUGCAUUUGGCGUAUACAGGUGAAGGAUAACUGGAAGAUAUUUUUGAAAUUUUUGGACUUUCAUCUAAGCAAGCCGAAUGACUGCGAAACGAACUUCUUGGAUAUAUUCCCCGAGCAAACAGUGAUGCCAUUAAGAGUGAAAAACUUUUGCGGAUCAGCGGGCGAGAGCAUUACGGCGGAGUCAAACAUUCUGCACAUGCGAUUUUACGCGGAGCAAAGUGCGAUUAAUUCAACGUUCGCCAUUCUGUAUACAGCAUUCCGGGAUCGUGGAUCGGGCACGUGCACCGAGGACGAGUACGAUUGCGAGGACGCGACAUGCAUAUCCAGCGACUUGAAGUGUAAUGAUCGGGACAAUUGCAAGUUUCGUUUCGACGAGGAGAAGUGCAAUAAUGAAACGCCUGGCCAAUCGGAGCAUGUGGUCAUCAUAAUAAUUGUGUUUGGCCUAAUACUGGGCGGCAUGUUCGUCACGUUUAUUGUCAACUGCGUGCGAAAGAUUAUACGAGACCAGAAGAUAAUACGCGAGCACAUACGCGAGUCCAAGGAGAGCAAGCUGGACGAGAUGGGCCGCAAUUCCAAGGCGCGUUCACGCGAGAACAUAUCAAGACAGAAGCAUUCGCAGACGUCACUGCAAAUACUCGAUGACGUUUCGAAUCGUUACUAUCGCGAGGCUGUGCCCAUAUCGACGCAGUCGAGCAAGGCUGACUUUAAAGAGAAGGAGCACAGCAUACUACGCCGGAAUCCAGACAUGACCCAAACAAGCCUGUGCGGCGGCAUCGAUGGCGACGAUGGCGAAUCGUCGUCAGCAACGACGGCAACGCACGAGUUGAUGACAAAGGCGGCGAUAGCGACCGCACCGGUUAAUGCCUGUGAUAUGGGCUGUCAAACGAGGGAGUCGCUGUUUGCGAACAGCCCCAGCGCCGUUGCCACGCUAAUGAGACAAAAGUCCGGUUCAUCAUCGCUGGGCGGUGGCAGCGUAGCUGGCGCUGUUAUGCCACCGCCGCCGGCGCGUUUCUUUUCCACAUUCGGCUAUGAGCAGGCUGCGGCGCCGGGCCUGAUGGCCGUGUCGCCAUCGCUGCCGGCGACCACGCCGCCGCCGCCGUCAGCAGCAGCACAUCUGGGCACACUGACGCGUCGCAGUCAGAUGCACCUGCCACGUGCGCCAUCACAACACGAGUCCAUCGAGCUGGAGGAGCGGCACAGCGGCGUCGGCAGCGGCCAACGGUCGCAUUAUGGCGUAAUAGUGGCCUCCACCGUCAAGCCGCAAGAGAUCUGCCAUCAUCAUCAUCAGCACCAGCAGCAGCAGCAGCAGCGCACACAUCAUCCACAUCCAGCGCACCAACAUCAGCAGCAACUGCAGCACCAGAUGCAGAUGCAGAUGCAGCAACAGCAACAGCAACAGCAACAAGCUCCGAGCGUUGCUGCGCGACUGCCGAAGGGCCACGCCCAGCUGCAGGGUCAAACGAUGCUGCCCAGCAAAGUAAGCGGCGGCAGCGGCGUUGGCGGCGGCGUCGGCAGCGGCGUCGGCAAGCAGCAGAAGAAUGAGGAGUCGAAAGUGUUCAUUGACAUACGGAAUUCAGCGCCAGACGUGAUUAUCAUGACGUCCCAUUGACAUUUAAGGAUUGCACGCCAAUCAGCAACAACAGCAACAACAGCAACAACUGCAACAACAGCAACUGCAACUGCAAUGUGCAGCAGCCACAGCAACAACAAUAACAACAAGGAACAGAAGCAUGGAACAACGGCUGGCAUAUUAACCGCAGCAACAGCGACGCCGUUGACACGACACGGACAUGCACACGGACACAGACACGGAUACGGACUCGGACUCGGACUCGGACACGGACACGGACACGAACAUGAACGCGGACAUGGAGACGGCGUGGCGCAAUCAGGCAAACGAAUAGCAAACGCAAACGCCACUUUUCCGGCCGAAACACAAUGUCGCAUUCAGAUGUAUUUUCGGCUUUAAAGCCAGGUAAUGUUAAUUUGCCUUGCCUGGUUUUUUUUCGGGGGUUUCUCUUCUCUCUUUUUUAAAUUUAUCUUUAUCUAAGCGCAGCCUCUUUGCUGUUUCGCAGCGCAGUCGAGAGCAGAAACACAGAAUGCACUCGAGCGCAGAGCGAGCGCUUGGCCAAAAUUCUUGUACAUGUCUAUAUGCAUAUUUAGCCAAAUAGCCGCUGCUGUUCAGACCCAUGUUCGACUAUACGUGCAGACACUAAGCAGACGCUUGACAACAACAUUUGCCAAAGGACAACGACAACGACAACAGCGUUCACGACUCGAGCGCUGGACAACACAACGUUGAGCAGCAUUUGGACAUUGUCAGUUGCGUUUUGCAGCUUGGUCCAAUAUGCGCGACAUUGGCUCGGCAGCAGUCGCUGCCCCCUGCCACCUGCCCCAGGGCAGUCAGAAUCCUGUUGCUUUACUUGCGGCUUUCAUGCGCUCUAUCCGGGAACUUCUUCAUUUACAUGCAUGACGAACGUGACAGGGAGACGGGGAAUGUUGCCAACGAGUGGGUCAGACACAGUCCAUCCAUCACGUGCACGUGCAACCAGCAGCAAGUUACCCCAUUUACUCUCCCUCUCCCUUUCGCUCCCUCUCGCUUCACCUUCCACCUAGCAAAUGGCACUGAAGCAAUUUGCGUGAAAAUAGUUUUUAAGUGAUUUUAAGCACAUUCGUCGCACGCUCGUUGUGACCCUCGCUUUCGAGCUGCUUUAAUCAUUUUAUUAAAUUGUUUUUACCACCCACCCAACCCACCUCCCUCCAACUACUCGCCCUCUCUCCUUCACGCACCCCUGACCAGGACAAGUGCCCUGUGAGACGCACACUGUUAAAUGGACAUACUCAAAUAUUUCAACGUCAAUUUGAUUAUCUGACUGCGUUCUGAAUUCAUUUUUUGACGCACAAUCAUCUUUGACACUGGUCCAACCGCUCGACCGGCGUUCGAGUGGAGCGCGUCCUGCUCUCCCUUCCUUAGCUGCGUCUCUUUGCACGUUUUUCCGCUUUUCACUCCCAUCUGGCGUGGAAAACUGUCAACUCACAAUUAGCACGGUCACCAUAUUGCGUUGGCGUUCGAUGCUUUUUUCUCCUUCUUUCGUUCUGCUCCAAUUGAACCCGAAAAGUACAUAAAAACUUCCAGUUGAACGUGUUCCAACAUUCGAUUUCGCCAAACAGUUUCGCUUUUGUAAUCUCAACACGUUUUCACAAUUUCGAAUAUCAUUUCUUAUUUCAUUUUCCAAGAAGUCAAUGGAGUUCUUAAGUAUUUCAAACAAUAAAUGUAAAUAAAAAUGUCUUUAUUUU